AUGGUGGCCGUCGGUGGAGGGAGGGACGGGUGGGGACGAAGGGAAAUGAGUGAGGGAGACGAGGAGAAAAGCGAGGAAGGGCAAUGGAGAGAGGAGCAGGGGGAGGGGGCCAUACUUUGGAAAACGGGAGUCGCGAAAGACGUGGCAGGCGCAUGUGUGGCGGGCACACGCCGUGGCGGCAGCGGUGGCGGCGACUGGCCCACCAGCACGGCGCGGGGAGGAGCUCCCCUCCUCCUCCACGCAGCCGCGGGCGCGCGGGUGAUGCACACGGUGGGUGGCGGGUGGAGCGACACGCCAGCAGGGGGCUCUCACCCCGCCUGCUCCUCCCGUGACGCCGUGCGCUUGGUAGCGUGCAGUGGCGCCGGCAGCAGAACGCUGUGUGUGAAGGGGCGUGCUGCAAGGGGCGUGGUGGCGGCGGGUGGGAGAGAAGCUUGGCGGCACGGAGCGACGACUUCAGGGACAACGGACCGGGGGGCGACCAACGAGGAGAGAGGCGACAAGACAGUGUCCGUGAAUGUGCUUAUAGGGAGGGGAACUCCGGAAAAGACGAGGAAAGAGAAAAAGGGUGUGGCUGUGAUGGUAUUGGGAGAGAAGGAUGGGUGGGGUGCAGAGGGGCAAAGGAAUGAUAAAUUGGUGUCGAUGAACGUGCUGAUAGGGAGGGGUGCGCUGGGAAAGGCUCAGAGGGAGGUGGGUAGGGAGCGAGGGAACACAAGUGGGAAGGAGUGGGAGGGCGCAGCAUGGUCAGAGGGCGAGGGCAGCAAGGUGGUGUCGAUGAGCGCGCUGAUAGGGCGGGAGAUGGGGGCGACAGGACGGAUGGAGGCGAGCGCGUGGAAGGAGGGCACCCGCGCAGAGGGGGGCGACCAGCUGGAUGGUGCGGGCUGUAGCGAGGGCAGAGGCGGUGAGGGCAGAGGCGGUGAGGGUAAGUGGAAAAGCAGCAAGGAGACGAGGCAUGGGCAGCAAGAAGGGCAGGCGGGGUGGCGGGAUGGCGUGGCGAUUGCUACCCUUGCCCGCAGUGGCGCUGACCCCCCGAGUGCAGGGGCCUGCAGCAGUGGCCUUGCCAUGCUGGGCAUGGGGCCCGGGGGGGAGGACGAGAGGGGAAGAGAGCAAGGCAGAGGAGUGGGCAGGGAGAGGGAUAGAGAAUGUGAGGCAGGAAGGGGCAUGGGGGACGAGGUGGUGGUGGUGCGCACGAGGGGCGAGGGGGAGAGGGAAAGAGAAGGGUGCAGGGAGAGAGUCGAGGAGAGUGAGGUUGCUGUGCGAGAAUGUGGAGGUCUGAGGUGCGCGAGAGAAGGGGAGAGUGCAAGAGAAAGCGCAGGGGGAGCAAGAGCAGCAGAGGGGGGAGCAGAAGGUGAGGAAGCAGUGAUGCAGUGGGGGGAUGCAGCGGAGCAGCGGCAAGCACGUGUGGGCACGAGAGCAGCACCGCUGACAGCUGGCGGGUCUACAGCUGCGCAUGCGUUGGUGGGUGCAUCCACAGCAGCCGGCAUGGCGCCCCUCCCCCCUCAGGGCGCGUCCAUGAGUGGCGGUGGUCCACCCGGCAUCCCUCCGCACACACACUCCACCGCCACCCACCCCGCGCUGCCCCCUCGCCCUCCACCUCCCGCUGCUGCCUCCCCCCUUUCAUUCCUCCGCCUGCCCCCCCCACCUCUUGCCGCUGCGCCCCCCUCUCCACUCCUCCGCCUGCCCCCCUUACCUCCUGCCCAGCCUCAGGCCGCCACUGGCCUGCAGGCUGCCACAGUGCCGUGCACGGGCAGCCAGCCAUCGCACCCUGCUGCCCCGCCUCUGCUCUGCCCGCUUCCACCGCGUGCUCCCACACCGCCUCUCCUCACCCUUCCCACGCCGCGCCCGGAUGGCACGCCCCCGCUUCCCACUCACACUCCGCCACCACCCCAACCCACGCUGCGUGAAAUUGCCACUUCUCCCUCCUUGCCUGCGCAAGCCUCAAAAGCCUCCAAACAUGCAGGCCUGGAGGGCACUGCCUCGUUUGGGCAGCGCCUCGUGGUGCUGGCUCUGCCUGCUGCUGUGCACGUGGGAGUUGAUGUGAAGGGGGCGAGGAGGGGGAGGGUGGAGGGUGGCAGGGCGGUAGGAGCAGUAGUGGGAGAGGGAGAGAGGGCAGGGCGAGGUGAGAGGAGAGCGAGGGGUGAGAAGGCGGUGGGAGGAACAGUUGGAAGGAGAGGAAGGGAAGUGAGGGAGCGAGGGGGAUGGGGAGAGGUGCGAGUGCAGGUGCAGGAGAGGGUGGGGCAGGCAGAGGUCGAGGUGAGGAGAGGGAAGAGGCGCGCGGAGAAGGGGGUGGAGAGGGGGCGAUGGGAAGGGGAGGGGUGGGCGAUGAAGCGAGGGCGAGUGGCACGAGGCAAGCCCGCCACGGUGAUGCUGGCAGGCGUGGCCGGCUGUGGGCAUGCUGGUCACUCCAUGCGCCCCGCUGCUGCCCCGCGCUCACACGGUGCUGCUGCCCCGUGGCCGGGGCUGCUCUGUGCUGGUGCCCGGCAGACAGAGAGUGAGGACGGCAGUGAGAAGGGCAACGAGGAGAGUGAGGAGGGCCGUGAGGAGGAGGGUGAGGAGGGCCGUGAGGGGAGUGAGGAGGGAAGUGAGGGGAGUGAGGAGGGCAGUGAGGGGAGUGAGGAGGGAAGUGGGGAGGACCGUGAAGAGGGAAGUGGGGAGAGUUCAGUUAGUGGGGAGGGCCCCCGAAUAAGGAAAGUGUGGCGGAGGUCAGAGCAGGGCGGUGAGGCAGAGCAGGGAGGAAGGGCGGAGGGCGAGAGGCAGAGGCGUGUGGAGGCGGUGGUGAGGCGAGUGCAAGGAGAGCAGGCAGGGCGCAAGCACGGGCGCGGUGGGCGUGAGAUGCUGAGCGGUGCUGGUGGCAGGCGAGAGCAGCGACGGGCACACGGGGCGAGGGCAGGAGAGUGUGGGGCAGCAUGGCUUGAGCAGGGCAGCAGCAGCAGCAGCGAUGCUUUGGGUGACAGCAGUGGAGGCGCGAGUGCGAGUGAGAGCAGGAGUGCGAGUGAGGAGAUGCAGUCUCCCCCACACAGCAAGUGCCGUCACGACAGCCUUGCUGCUGCACGUGCCGGGCUGGCAGAGCACAGCGGAACACGUGCAGGAAGAGGGGGAGGUGGAGUGGAAGCGGUAGCGGAGGAGAAGCAUGGGAGAGGCGCAGAUGGGGGAGAGGAAGAGCAGUGGGAGCAAGGAGUGAUGGCGGAGCUGGCGUCCAUCAAGGCACGGCUGGAAGGAGCGCUGCUCUCCAAUGCAGCAGCGGGGCAAGCGCGAGUGCUGCUGUGGUAUCUGGCCAGCCUCGACAUCUCCCCGCCUCUCCUCCGCCACUCCGGCCUCCUCUCCUGCAUCGCCCGCCUCGCAUUCCCCUCCUACCACUCCCACGUGCCCACGUCAUCACCAAACCUCAUGCCGUGCCACCCACCUGUUGCUGCCGCCGCUGCUUCUGCGGCUGCCACCACGCCACGCCAUGUGGCCGGGCAGAAAGCAGGCGAGGCAGUGCGGCAGGCGCAGCAGGGGGGCGAGCAGGUGGAUGAGAGGGUGAGGCGGCUGCUGGCGGAGCGAGCAGAGGCGCUGUGCAGGCAGUGGCGUGGCGAGGGGUGGUGA